AUGUCGUCCUUUCACGUUCGUCUGCUUCAAUACAUCGAAGGCUUUCCAUCAAGUGGUAUUUUUGCUCUGCGCAGGUUUCGCAAGUGCUUGUCUAGACUGGCUUCAACAGAUCUGACGGUAGGCCAGCAAAUCUACAAAAGAUCCACGCACCCUACGUCUGUGCCACUAAGUAAGCUUUUUUCAUCUCAGUUCCCCCUAUCUACUAAGGAGCUGUUCCGCGAUUAUGCGUUUCGUCAUAAUCCACUAAAGUUCCAAUGGGAUUUGUUAUCUACAUUACCUUUCUUCCCGAAUGCGGAUGCUCAAGGUAGGAGAGGCCAUGUGGUGGAAACAACGCUUCUGUCGGGCCACCGGAUCAACGAGUUUGUCAUACAUCCUCCAUCGUUCAACGGUAAGGCCCAAGUAGAACAGGACGCCUUGUACGAAAAUUGUAAUCACUUGAUCAUGGUGCAUGGUUAUGGAGGUGGACUCGGUUUUUUUCUAAAAAAUUUUGAUCAAGUGGCACUGUUGCCCAACUGGGUGGUGCACUCAGUAGAUUUAUUGGGCUACGGUUGUUCAUCACGGCCAAAAUUCACGCCCACCUGCUUGGACGAGGUGGAAGACUGGUUUCAUGAUUCUUUUCAAGAGUGGUUAAACCUUCGGCAUUUGAAUAAAGCCCCAGAAAAGAAUUUAGUCAUGGCACAUUCCAUGGGUGCUUACUUGAUGGCUACAUAUGGCAUAAGACGAGACCCAAGCUUUUGCAAGAAAAUGCUCAUGGUUUCGCCUGGUGCAAUUAUCAAGCACAGGAGAAAAGUGCCUGUUCCAGCGUACUUUGCGAGGUUAUGGGAACAAAAUAUAUCGCCUUUCUCUCUAGUACGGAAUGCCGGGCCGCUUGGGUCAAAGCUCGUUAGCAUGUGGUCCUCCAGACGGUUUGCUAACUUACCAGCGAAGGAGGCUAAACUACUCCACAAAUAUGCCUACGGUAUUUUCCAAAGUCCCGGUUCCGGUGAGUAUAUGUUGAACUAUUUAUUAGCUCCUGGUGCUGACGCAAGACAUCCUCUUAUAGAAAGAGGUGUCGAGGCCCUCAAAUGCAGACUUCUAUGGUGUUACGGAAAAGAAGAUUGGAUGGACCGGAAAGGUGGUGAAUUGUGUUCAGCAAUGAUUAAUGAGCAUUAUGGAGACCCAACGCGCAGUAGCACUUGUGAAAUUGAAAAUGCUGGCCACCAUCUCUAUCUUGACAACAUCAGAGAUUUCAACAAAUUGCUUCUCACUGAGAUGAAAAACUUCUAA